AUAGUGAAACCAUGUCCAAAGCGAGUGCACCACCCUUCAGCGCACCUCCUCCAUAUGCCCCACCCAGCUACUCUCAAGCGGUGGGAGGAGUGCCGCCACAGGCACCUUUCAUCCCCUUCCAUGUGAAGUGAUGGGGCUGCCCCAGGAGGGUAGGGAUGACGAGGACAGCACUAGAACUAGAGUUUCUCAAAGUGGCGGCUCGCACAGAAACCUGAUAGUUCCGAGGAGAGCGAGUGAAUGCACGAGACAUGAGGUCGAGGAUCUUCCGUUAUGGGCCUGGUAUUCUCAGCCAGACAUUGGUGGACCUAAAGGAUCCCUCAUUGCCCCACUUACUGCACCUAAUACUCCUACAUCCUUUCCACUUGACUCGUCAUUUCACGAGGCAAUACGACAGCGGCUUUUUAACACUGGUGAGGUUCCCAUGGCCCCAUUAUAUGUUCAGCCAAGGGUUCACGUAAUUCAUGGGGUCCAGAUAGGAUCCACAGUUACUCCUGCUGCAUAUACCUCUUAUGGACAUGCCGGUGCCCCAACUGCUGUUGUGACAACAGUGGUUCCUUUAGGAUCUCAGUCAACUCAUAUGAUAUGUCCACACUGUCAUGCAGAAGUUGACACUGCUACUAAGACCUCCCCAUCCAUGGUGGCUUGGUUAUCGGGCUUUAUCAUCUGCAUUCUUGGGUGCUGGAUGGGCUGUUGCCUGAUUCCCUGCUGUAUUAAUGACUGCAUGAAUGUGGAACACAAUUGUCCUAACUGUCAAGCCUUUCUGGGCAAGUACAAGCGAGGAUAGAAAGAGAAUGACAGCCGACCUUCCUACCCCCUUCAUUGUUCGUCUUAUAAAUGGUGGCUAUUACUUUAGGUGUGGAUAGCAUACAUGGCUGAAUGAUACACAUGCACGCUACUGGAUACCUCAGAAACAUGAUGGUUUCUAACACCUUUAUGCCAUUCAGUGAAGCUUGAUUUUAACAAGUUCUUGUAAAAAUAAAGUUAGAGGUGUGAUGAAAUAUGAUAAACAUAAUUCAUCAGCCAUGUCCUGAUAAUGUGGUAAUUAAAAGUUUAUGAAACCGAGAGAAAUGUAACUUAGAUGUAAUUAAGACAGAAAAUGGAGGUACUGUACUGAUACAGAAUAAAAAUAACUUUGACUUGUGUUUAAGAGACCAAAUGAGCGGGAAAGUGCACUAGAAAUUACUCUUAGGAUUUUCCAUUUGCAAACUUUUGUCUUAGGAUCAUGAGAAAUUGUAUUUAAGUAAUAUAAAAAUAAUGUUUAAGACAUUAGAUAAUUAUUUUAAUGAUGCAAGAAUACUGGUAGAAAGUCUUAACCAAAUUAUGUAAAGCAGCAGUCUUGUUGGAACAAAUAUAGCUGCUGCUGCCUCAGCCGCUAGAACCUCCAUAUAUAUUUUUAUAUUUUCUAGAUCUAGAGAAAUCUCAGCUUUAUAUAAUGAAAAGUCAAUCAAGAACAUAAAACAUUUGGUCUGUUGCCAAUUGUAUUUGAUAUUACUUAAAAAUUAAGUACUGUGUGGUAUUAAUGUUUAACCAUAAUACCUCUACAGUGAAUAUGAAAACAAUAUUUAUUAGUUUAUUAUCCAUCCACAUUUACUACUUUUAAGAACCAUGGCAAUUCAACAUUGAAGAUAAGUAGAGUAGAAUUUCAGAUUCCUAGUGACCUUUUAGACUUAAUCAACAGGGGUUUUCACUUUAUUUUACCGUACAGUAUCGGGUAAUACAGUAAUAAUGGUUGAAAGGUUUCACAGAAUAGGGACUAGUUCUGGAAUAUUGUGAAACUGUAUUAAUGAGUAAACUCAUUCUGCAUUUCAAUCCAUUCAGUCAGAUUUUUUAAGAUACUACAGUAUAUUACUAUCCAUGUUCAGUACAGGUGGCCCAGAUUUGUGCAGUGCAGCAUUGGAGUAUGCAAACUUCAGUUGCACAGAUAAGCCCUUUUAUAUCAAGAUUCAAGCUGCAUCUGUGAAUUUUAGUUAUGCAAACUGAAAACAAAUUAACAAUCUGCAAUAAUCAUUAGGUUUACCACAUGCUUAACAGUACAUUAUAUUAGGCCCUGACCCCUUACUUUCCUUGUGUUCUACAAACAUUUAGGUAUAUAUUUAAUAUUUAUGCAUCAUUGUGCAUUCCAAGAAUUCUAGACUAUUAAGUGCUGAAUUUGUCUGGAAAGGGCAUGGAGCAUUAAAUAUUAAUGUUAAAGAGAAACUUACUAUGAUGCCAUAGUGCUUGAAUGAAGGGGAAGGAAAGGCCCUAUAUGUAAAUAUAUUAAAAACUAAUUUUUUAUGUAUCCUACAUCCUGUCUCAAGGUGAUGUAUACAGAAUACAAUUGUAUAUUAUAUACAGUACCUUGAGAAAGGAUGUAGGUUACAUCCAAAAAUUGUUUUUAAUAUUGGGUCUUUCCUUCACCUUCAAUAAUGUUGAAAUAGACAUUUUGAAGGGUAGUGGAAGAAAGUGGAUUUCUGGAGGUUCCAGGAACCUAAACUUCUUUUUCACAAAUACAUUUGUUUGAUUUGCAUGGUUAUUAAAAGAUCAUACUACUGUACCUUACAAAUUAAGUCCCACCUGCAAAUAAUAAACUUUCAUUUAUUACCAGAUAAUUUACUGUAAUUCAUCAAUAAUGAGUCGGUGGAGUUUCAAAAUGUGAUGUCUUUAAAUCAACAAGGUUCUAUUUCAGGUUCUUCAGAUUAAUUGGAACUUGAGAAUUCAACCUAGAGCUAUUUUGAGCUCAUUUGCUUUGAAUGGGCACUUCUUACCAUUUAAAUGUCUUGAACAUUAUACUAGUCAUUUAUUAUGAAGAUUUAUUAUUAAUUUACCAAGAGCAUCAGUUGAUAGAAUCAUGCAGAAUUUUUUUUUGUACAGUAGAUGAUGGUUUGCCUGUAGGAUUUUAUAUCGGAUCAAACAUACUGCUUAUAAGGGUAAAAAAUGGAGAAGAGGUAAGGUCAGUGAAGGUGGGUUGAAAUCAGCAGUGAGGGGUGCAUGGUGUAAGUAAUUAUAUAUUAGUAUAUACAGCACUGUAUUCAUAUAGCAAGACUGGUAGCAAUGUUGAAUUUUUUCAUUCUAUUCAAUGAGGGACAUUGUGUUUGAAGGCUGCAUACUCUGUACACUGUCUUCUGAUAUUUUGAACUAUACCGUAAUGAUAAAUUUGACAACCUUUAAGUUCAUAAGGUGUUUAUCUCAGCAAUUUUGUGUUUCAUAGGCAUGGUUGAAGUGAUAUGGCAGAAAUGUCUGUUUAUAGUCCCAUUAAUUAAGAGCUAAAGUCACAGGAAUGUGGAUGAAAAUAAAUAACCAAACCCCCACACAUGAAAUGAGAGGGUUACAAGGGUUUUGGUCCAGCCUGGACUCUCCUCAGGUGAAACUGAAACAUACAGGGAAAGGAAGCCAUUAUAACGGUGUAGAUGAAGCAAGGUAUAAGUUUGUUUACUUCUAAGGAGUUGCAAUUGGCUCCAUUUUUCAUGGUUUACUUUUUCCCACUCACACCUAUCACCAUCAUCUUAAAAUGGUUUUCCUUUUACUGUAUGUCUCAGUUUUGACUAUGAGAGUCCAGGAUGGCCCAAAAUAUCACUUUUAUUUCAUGAGAGUGGGUUGGAUUAUCCCUAUUAGGGUUUUGGAAUGUUUCACCUACAUACACUGUCAAAACUAUUAAAGGGGUACAGUAUAUACCCCUUUGUGUUGACCUUGCAGUGUUUCUGACACAGGUUUUCAUUAUAGAUGUCUUGUGCGGUAUACUAUUAAAAUAAGUUCUGGAUGUUCUGUAGCACACACUAGUCUGGAUUGAACAUGUUCAUUAUCAUUCUACAACUAGGGCAGACAAUGUUCUUUACCAACCUGUGCCUCAUUGACCUUGUGCUUCUCCAGCAUUUUCCCCUUUAUAAGCACUAGCCAUGUGUAUCUUGUUAUAAUUUGAUAAGGGCCUUACAACAAAAGCACCAUCUACAAAAAUCUCUAAAGUUUCGUUUUUCUCAAUAUUGCUGCCAGCACUGUACUAUCAAAUUUCAGGUAUGCUAUUGGAAGGAGCACCAAAAUUGUUAGGAUAUCUGAAAUAAUUACUGAAAUCUAUGGUGUCCCCCCCCCCCUUUCCCUCCCUCCAAUUUGAUUGUUCUAACAAAAUAUUUACUUUUAAGUACUAUAUUGCUUUUAUUUUAUUAUAGUUGAGAUUUUUUGCCAAUCCAGUUUUUAUAUCAAUUAUCAAAUCUCGAAAUGACUUUCGAUUUUAUCCUAACUUGAUAUUCUUUGUGAUCUUAUUUCCGUUGUAGAUUAGGAAGUUAAGAGGUUGUCUCUCAUUAUUCUUCCAUGUGAAAAGUGCCUUGUUGAUUAGUUCAGAAAUGGAUAGAAUGUGUUGGUAUACCAAGACAAGUGAGGUCACUUCUACCAGGUAUUACAGGGCCAGUGUACUAAUUCAUCAUACAAACUUCCUGUCAAGCUUGGGUAAAGUAAUAAGCAACUAGUGUGCUAACCCUGUGUAGUUACGAAGGCAGCUGUCAUACUUCACCAGAGAAGCAGGGUUAGUGGGUCAUUCCUCACAACCUUUACUUGCCUUUAUCCUUGAUUGUAUUUGAACAUAAUACAGUAAAUAAUAAAUAAUCAAAGAUUUGUAUACUUCAAAAUUAUAGAACAUGUGUUCAAGAAUUAAAUGGGCAGCCAGACAUUUUAGAAAAUCUAUUGUCCUGCUUUUAGCUGUAACAUUCUUUGUUAUAUCCUCAUGAAUUGUUUUUGUGCAUUAUUACACUACAGUAAUUUUUUUAAUAAGCAAUUCCAUACCACUAUAUCCUGGCACAUUUUGCAAGUACACUGUAUCAGAUCAUAUGGGAAGAAAACAUUGAGGUUUGUCAUAUCAUUUGAACAACUUGGCAUUCAUCUCACAUUAUCAAUUCACCCACUUUUUUUAUGGACUAUCUUGCACGUUUUAAAUUUGUCAUUAACACUGCUCAAGUUAAUACUAGAGCACUCUGGCCUUUCACAACAUAUACAGACCAAAAUAGUCCAGCCUAUCAAGGUGUAGCUUCCCCCCCUCCCCUUGAGUUGUUGCCAUAAAUGUGCACACAUGAUUGGUGUAUAUAUUGUAGAUAAAAUGAAUACAAACAAUACUUGCAAGCUUUCUGUUCUGGAAAUUUGAAGUUCCCCGUUUUGAAUUUUUUUUGCCUUCAUAAAGAUAUGAUUUGUCAUACAUAAGUACUUUUAUAUAUGCAGUAUGUGUGCACACAUGAUUUCUCUUCGCCGAUGAAAAAAUGCCUGAAAAUUAAAUCUAGUUUCAGUGAUUAUAAGACAGAACAAAAGCACUCGGUGAAAGGUCCUGCCAUCUGUAAAUGUUUAAAUUUAAUUUUAUGAUGUAAGUUUUAUUGAUGCUACAAAAGUUUUUUCUUUCAUUUAAAAAAAAAAUUAAUUACUGUACUUUCCAAAUUAUGCAUAUCUUGCACCCAAAUCUUAGCGUUACUGGGAGGUUGCUCCUGUACACUGUACAACAAAAAUGUCCAGAUAAUCUUGUACAAGGUAAAAUAUGACAAAUAUUUGAACAUUGUACUUACCAGUUUAUUUAAGUGCAGAACAUCUUUAUACCAUCUUACACUAUAGAUGUAGAAACCGAAGAUCUACGUAACUUUGAUCCAAGUACUCGAGCUUUUCUUGGAAGAAUGAGAGCUUGUCAGCCCUACAGCAUGCUCUCGCACUUAUACUCUUGACAUUGUUAAUUUUUGGCUUUUCCAAAUCAUUGACCUUAUGUGCACCAUAAUACGAGCACAAAAUGUUGUGUUUGUCAAGAAACACACAGGAACAAAAAAAAUAGUCGAGUCGGUUUGUCGUGAAUUCGUGGUCAUCCGAAAUGAUCUCUGGGUGGCCCACCCUUGUAACCAACAUGGCAGCCGUAAGUUCCACUAUCCUGUACUGUCCUCACAUCUCGGGUGUGUCAUGUAAAUGAAAAUAGAAUGAUUAAGAAAAUGUAAUUCACAGAUUUAGAGAUCAGAUGUGUUUUAGCAUCAGACCAAAAUGUUUCUUUCACCCUGUUGCCCCUGUUACCUAGUAGUAAAUAGGUACCUGGGAGUUAGACAGCUGCUACGGGCUGCUUCUUGGGGGUGGAGGCCUGGUUGAGGACCGGGCCGCGGGGACACUAAGCCCCAAAAUCACCUCAAGAUAACCUCAAGAUGAUGCCCCAAAAUGCAUCAUUGGGCUACCUACCUACUGGUAGGUAGCUGGGCUGCUAUAGUGUUAAUAUGAAUUCACAAUUUUGUGUGGUGUUAUUCAAAAUAUUUAGUAAUAAUGUACUGUACAGCAAUACAUUACUGUAUAAAAUAUUGGAACCAGCAUACACAAGAUGCUAAAAAAAAAAAAAAAAGUUGCACACCAGACACUGGUGCUGUGUUAUUUUAUGUGCCUUAUUUGGAACUGAAGGAAACUAGUAUUGAUCCUGAAUACAUUUGUCAGUUCUGUUCCACUUUGUGAUAAACCUAUUCAUGGUCCCAUAUUAGCAUAUUCCUUGUUAGAGAUUGCCAUAUUAUUGAUGGGAAAUUUGCUGUGAAUAUAAAGAAACAUGGCCAAAUAUACUAGUAAAUUAUAAAUUAUAACAGGAAGUACCAUAAUCAAAUCUCAAACAUUUUCUAAAUUUAUAAUUAGUAUUUAAUCAUAAGGAGUACUUCACAAGAUAUAUCAUCUUACAGCAAUUUAACCCUUAAAUAUAUAUUUCCCACCUGACCUGACCAUGAAAAAUACCAUACAAAUAAUAUUUUAACAAAAUUGAGGCUCUAUGCAGAAAGGUAUCAAGUGCAGUUGGGUCACAGCCGAAAGAUCCCAGGUUCAAUUCUUGCCAGAUAAAAGCGGUCUGGCAGUGAUUACUUUUAUUAAAUAGGCACCUACAGGGCCAGAUUACCCGAUAGACCAAGUAGGCUAUGGCCUAGGGCUCACCAGUACUUUGUCCAUUUUAUGGUACAAAAAAAUAACUAAUUACUUGCUGACGAGUAAUUAAUUACUCAAAUCAAUUGAUUCCCGAGUAAUGAAUUACUUGCCAACACUGCCCGAUUAUUUUUUGUGUAAUUCAUGUACUGUAUUAUAAACAUUUUUGUAUGGGUUUAUAAUGUUUCGCACAACUGAGAGGCAGCAGAAUACAGCGAUUACUUUUUAUUUUAUUUGUUACUCAUUCAAAAGGCAUUCUACAUAUACACAGGUAAAAAAAGUAUGAGUUCGAGACCCAUACAGCCCAGGUGAAUGGAAGGUAUAUACACACAAGUGAUUGUUUACUGUUGUCAGGAAUUUAUAGCUUCAAGAAUCAUUACAGCUCUCUGGACAAGAGCUGUUAGGUCAGGAAUAUAAAAAUGACUAUACAGUACCUUUAUCAAAUAGAGUAUCCUGACAUGUAAACGGCAAGAAGCCAGUGUCCUCAAUUGAAGCAACACAUUAAGACUGAAAUGUUCAUUAUCUUUGUUACUUUAUAAAUGUUCUGCUCUUGCUUCACAUUUUCAUUUUUGUAUCAUUACCAUCUCAUCAUGCAUGAGAAUUUAAAAUCUGGGAAUAAAAUUUUAACUAACUAAAGAUUACAAAUAAUUUUGUACUGAUUUAACUGUAGACUGAGUAACUAAGAUUGUGACAGGUUACCUAUUAUCAUUUAUCACUUAACCUUUAUCUAAAAGGGUCUUUUCUUAUUGUAUUUAAAAGUGGGGUGUUUUUUACUGACAUCACUCAUCCGGAAUGUGUUCUGAAUGUGUUGCCGCUGUAACGCUACGGGUGAUGCAUUAAAAACAUACUGCACAUGCAUUGCAAUUUAUUAAUUAAGAGCUCAUGUUGCACUGUAUUAGGUUUAGUUGGACUAUUUUUUUUAAGUGAACAUUUAACAAAUAAUUGGCCUAUUAACAAAUUUCUAUGCAUACAUGUUGCCAUCCAUUUUAUGUUUAUUACAACUUUAAUAGCUCAAUAAAGAUAUACAAAAAACUGCAAA